UAUUUGUACUUAAAGUUGUUGUAAACAUUAUUUCGCAAAAUUCAAUAACAUUGAUGUAAUGAUGGGUUUCCAUGCAAUAUUUUCACCAUUUUUCACAUUGUAUUUGGAUUUUACUCAAAAUUGCACAGAAUGUUUGUUAAACGACGUUCAGUUGGACGUGGGAAAAUAUACCACCUGCAUUUUUAAAGGACUAUUUAGAUAUUCUGAAAUCUACGCACCGCACAAGGAUCUUCUUACAGAUUUUAUUUCUCAAGUGCGGUGAAAAAUGGCGAACAUGGCGAGUACGACGUUAAUUGAAGAGCCUUUGGUUAUAGGCGCGGGCGACUUAUUAAGAGGUGUUAAAUAUACACACUGUGGGGUUCUUUAUGUGCAGAAUGACUCGCACUUUGGGAAGAAAUGGAAGCAGCGGUAUGUUAUUAUUUCUGAAGGUUGUUUAUACAUAUAUCCUGACAGGAAAUCUAAGAAAUCAGAACAUGCUUACUCUUUCAAGCAGUUUGACAGUGCAAUUGAUUGUGACCCCAUAAACGGAGAGACUGUUUGUUUCUGUCUCAGAUACAAAAAUGGACACGGUUCUAUACUUUUCUCCUGUGAUACACGGGAAACUAGAGAGAAGUGGCUGAAUACUUUCUGGGCCGUAAUUUCAGAAGUGGAAACAACAUUUAAUAAACUGUCACUUGAUAGUGGGUAUGGAAGUGCUGAGACAGUUCCAAGAAAUACAGUUGAUAUGCCGACGUACGAAGAUGGACCAGGCUAUGAUGAAGUUAAUGACAGAAAAUUUGAAGAAACCAAUAAUUUUCCUGUUCAGGCUUGUGCCGAUGACGAUGCCUAUGAAAUUCCAAUCGCUUCAGGAAGAUCUUACAGCACGCGGACGGACAGUUUAUAUGAAAAUGUGAACUAUCAACACAAAGAUGAUAUGCGACACGGGACUACGAAAAACGCGCAGAGAAAUGUUAAGUCAGAUGCUUUAAUGAAUGAGCUAAAGGCAUCAAAAGCUCUAUCGAAAAGGACAGCACAUCUUUCCGCAAAGGAAAGGUCAGAAGCACAUGCAGAAACUACACAUUCUCCGCGAUCCCUGCUUGCAAGGUCAUUACCUUCUUCCGUAUCGUUAUCGUUCAUGUCUGUACGAGGUAAUAUUGAUCCAGCCGAUGAAGAACAAUCCAUAUCGUAUUUGUCAGUGCAUGGACAGGACAGUGUUUAUGCGAAUGAAAGAAACCUGGAUGACAGCGUUUACAGCGAUGAUACAUGCCUAAAAUCACGCUAUACAGAUGCACAAGAGCAAGAAUCUUUAAAACAAUGCAAAUUCGCGAGCAUUGACUAUAUUUGCGAUAGAAAGGACGAGGUGAAAAGGGCAUUGCAUCAAAAGACGACUGGAGAAUUUGCUGUUUGUCGCGGUGAAUCAACACAACACGAACUUUGUGUCAUGACACCUCAUGGGGUGAAAUAUUUUCGAAUAUAUCACCAGAAUGGAAAACUGUCAUUGUUCAAAUCACACAAGAAGGAUACAUUUGAAUCACUAGAUGAACUACUAUCUUACUACAACGCCAAUGACUUACCCGCAGCGGAUUACAGUGUUAAACUUCAAAAAGGAUACAAAAGUAUAUCGUAAAAGCCGACGCUGCAAGAAGAACAUGCAAUUAUACAAGUUGUUAAUGAUGAUCAUGCUGUUAGGGCUACAUAAUAUACCGAUGACCUAAAGACUAUACAUCAACAUUGCCUUAAAUUGUGUUCCUGUCGUUGUUAUAUAACAAUAUGGAUAAUUGUUAAGUUGAUAUUUAGUUUUCCUUAAUUUCCACCUCAUCUUCUAACUUUAUGUCGCCUUUAGACUCUUAUUUCAUAACAAAACACCAUACUUCACACGCUCAAAUUUGAAUCUCAAUAUAUUACAUUAUGUACCUAUUUUUAGCCCACCUGUCAUAUAGUGACAAGAUGAUCUUUUGUGAUCGCCCUUCGUCCGUCUCCGUCGUGCGUGCGUCCGUCCGUCCGUCAACAAUUUCUUGUCUGCACGAUAGUGGUUUCAUUUAUGAUUUUAUUUUAACCAAACUUGCAAACAACUUGUAUUACCAUAAGAUCUCGGUUUUCCUUUUUGAACUGGCCAGAUCCCGUAAUGAGUUCCAGAGUUAUAGCACAUGAAAGGGCCGAAAUUAGCUAUUUUGACCUUGUCUGCAAAAUAGCAGCUUCAUAUAUGAUUUGAUUUUAACCAAACUAGCAUACAACUUGUACCACAACAAGAUCUUGGUUUCUUUCUUGAACUGGCCAGAUUCCAUCAUGGGUUCCAGAGUUAUAGCCCCUUAAAGGUCCGAAGUUUGCUAUUUUGGCUUUUGCAGCCAUAUAGAGACUUCAUUUAUGGUUUGAUUUGACACAAAUUUCCUAAAUAUCUUCAACAACAAUAAAUCCUGGAUUCCAUGACGAAUCUGUCAGAUCCAGUCGUAGGUUCCAGACUUAUUUUAUAUCUGAUUACCUCCCCUGAUUGUAAUCAAAAUGGAUUUAUAUCAGUAAGUACUUAUAGGACUUAUUUGAAAUUUCAUUAUUGUCAUUAGUUGGACUUAGACAAUCAGGGUAGAUAACUAUGGACUGAUUUUAUGUCAAAUUACCUCCCUUUAGUUCAAAUUAAAAUGGGUAUAUCUCCGUAACUAAUGAAGAUACUAAUCUGAAAUUUCAUUUAUAUCAACAGAUGGACUUGGACAAUCAGUGGAGAUACAUAUUGACUGAAUUAAUGACAAAUUACCUCCCUUUAUCUUAUGUAAAUGAACAUAUCUCAGCAGCGUCUAAUGUGAUUGGUUUUAAAUGUUAUUUAAAUCUUCCAGGGUAAGGAAUAGUCAUGUUAGUACAGAAAUGCAGCAUUUGAGCCUAGGACCCUCAAACUUGGUAUGGAAAUCGGCCCUGACUAGGUCAAAAGGGACUGUUACAAGGAAAUGUUCAUCCUGAUGAUAUUUAAUGUGUAUGCCUAUGUGCUCUAUGACAAAACUUGAUCAUAUCAUUUUGAGCAAUUGGUACUCAGGUGUGCGAUACAGAGCCAGCAUGGCCCUCUUUUUUAAAAAUUACUUUUUUUCUGUUCAUUGAUUUAUUCAAAAUUAUGUAUGUACAUAUGUAUAUGUAACAUGUGUGUAUAAAGAUUUAAACAAAUGGACUUUCGUCUUUGUAUCUGCUAAAAAAACGUUAUUACUAAAAAACUGAUAUUUAGUUUGCUAUAAAGUUUAGUUAUUAUGUUUAUAUCUGUUUUUCAUAACAAUUGUCAAUAAUUUCGGCAUAAAUUUGCAAACGUCAGCAUUAUGGAAAUAUAGAUAUUGAUUCAAUUCAAAUUCAGGUUACUUAAUGACUAAUUUCUCUUAAGGCAAGUGUAUGAUAGCAUGAACGAUACAGUACGUGUUGGUAUCAAUCUGAAUUUAACGAAAGCAUACUAGUAUAUGUGCGUCUGCACAGAACCCCCUAAGGACAAGCUCAGUAGCUUUUACUCUUGACAUAGUUCGGCUCGGACACACAUUGGUAACAGGCUUAAGGCCACAGAUAAGUAAAAUGUAAGCAAAAUUUAAGUAAAGAUGUUUACAAUUACGUUGAAAAGUUGCUUGAAAUACGUUUAAUCAUUAGUAAAUAUUGGUAAGAAUAAAUACAAUUAUUAUUUACAUCAACACAUCGUGAAAAGUCAGCAGUCAAAUGAGACGAGAGCGCAUUGCACACGCAUUAUGAAUUGUUUCAUGAAGCGUUUACGCGGGAAGCACGUUAUCAUUAUGGAUUAAUUUUUCAGUUAUUAACGGCGGUUAUUUAAUCAGUGUUCCUGGAUUCUGUACCAAUACAGUCCUGUUUUCUGCAAGUAACUGCUAAUUUCCCCACGUGAAUCAGAGAAGGAAUGCGAAUGAUUUUUGACAAAAUGUCUUUUAUCAAAUCGUCACGACAAACUUGCACCUCAUCCGUGGAUCAAACACAAGACCCCGCAAUCCGUAAAUAUGUGCUCUCCCUAUUGGACUUAGCGGGUGGGCUCAAGUAAAGAUGAACAGUUUUAUUAAUCAAUAUGUGUUUCACUAACUACUUUUCAGCAUUUCUUAGAUUUUGCUUAGUAUUCUGACGGUUUCCCUGCCUGUCAAACUUCUACGGAAGAGUGUGAUUGUUAUUUUUUCUAAGUGUGUCCGUCUUCUCAUGAUGAAGUUAUUGCUCUCAAAGAAAUGGCCUGCGACAGAAUAUGUACAACAUACAUGCGGCAAAAAUGUACAAAACACCUGAUGCAAAAUAUGUACUAAAAACCUGCUGCAAAAUAUAUACAAAAUACAUGCAGCAAAAUACCUCGUGCAAAAUAUGUACAACAUAUACCCGAGGCAAAAUAUGUACAAAAUACCUGGUGCAAAGUAUGCACAAACGCAUAGUGUAAAAUAUGUACAAAAUACCUAGUGCAAAAUAUGUGCAAAAUGCCUGGUGCAAAAUAUGUACAAAAUACCUGCGGCAAAAUAUAUACAAAUACAUGCGACAAAAUAUUUACAAAAUACAUGUCUAUUAUGUAUGACACGCAGUUAACGUUUGAUGAAAUACUACUGCAACUGUCCGUUAAUAAUUGUCAUUUUUACAUACAAAUGUAUUUAAAAUACAAUUGACCUGAUUUUCAAACAUAACCCGUCUAUAUUGAAUUAGUUUUAACAUGAGUAUACGUAUUUUAAGUGCAGUCUAAUGAUGUUUCACUUUCUAAACAUAUUGACUCAUAAAAAAACUUCCGUAUAUCUUAGUAUGACAAAGAGGUUGACCUACAUUUAAAUAGAAAUAUAAAUGACAGUUGAGUAUGAAUGAGCAAUGUUCAGCGUUUUAAUGUUUAAGUCAAAUGUAAACUAUUGUUAAGAUAAAAUUGAAAAGUGACUUUUUAUUCAUAUAGAGGUAGAAAUGUAUUUCAUUGUCAGGAUAUUAUGGGGAUAUGUGGAAGAUAAAAGAUAUUGUUUAUACUGAUUGAAACAGUAUUAUUUUGUUCAGAAUAUUCAGGGGCGGAGACCUUCACAAAGUAGUUGAAAAUAUGAAUUAGUUAUUACAGUUAUUGCUUCAAUUUUAUACUCGCAAUAUGAUAAAAAGAUGUGUUGUUCUGAGCAUGUUAUGUGACUUACAAGAUUAAAAAUAAAUCGGGAG